CUUGAAAAGUAUAUGAAAAAUCGGCGAUGAAAACUUUAGAAAGUAAACUGCACAUUUUCUUCCCACUUUGGCGCUAAACCGUAACUAAUCGUGUUCAUGAGAGAAACUGCUGAUUAGAGAUGUUGAAGCAUGCUGGCUCAUAAAUGUAGAUUGUGUUAUUUAUGGAUGGUGUUAUUUGUGUUAUUGAUGAUCACUAAAAUUUGAUCGAAGAAAAAUGGCAAAAAAGAGAAGUCGAUCUGAGUCUCCAAAACCGAAGGGCGCAAAAUCAAAAAGCAAGACAACAAAGUCGGAACAAAAACCUGCCAGAGGUCGCAGUCCUGCAAAAAAAUCCAGCAACAACAAGCCCAAGAAGCGCAGAGCUUCUUCUAGCAGAUCAUCAAGUAGCUCAACUGGUUCUAGCAGUCAAAGUUCUCGUAGCUCCAGCACUGGCAGCUCAAGUAGUAGUUACUCCUCAAGCACUUCAAGUUCAAGUUCCACUUCCAGUGUUGGUAACAAGAAAGGAAAAUCUCGGACUAAAUCAUCAGUGAAGCAAGCAUCAUCAAAGUCAGCAAAAAAAUCUGAGAAAGUAACAGAGAAGAGACAAGCACCAAAACAAGAUGUACCUCUCGAGAAAAAAGCAGAAAUAAAACCAGAGGGUAAAGUUGAAGUUAAACACUCCCCGCCUUCGAAAAAAUCACCAUCUCCUCAACCAGUGAAAAAACCAUCAUCCCCACCAUCAAAAGAACCUCCUUCCAAAGAGAAAUCCCCUCCCCCGAAAGAAAAAUCACCCCCUCCUAGAGAAAGAUCUCCCCCUCCAAGAGAAAGGUCUCCCUCCUAGAGAAAGGUCUCCCCUCCUAGAGAAAGAUCUCCCCCUCCCAGAGAAAAAUCUCCCCCUCCCAGAGAAAGAUCUCCCCAACCUCCUGAAAGAUCAUCUCCAACCAAAGACAAGACUCCACCUUCAAAGACUGCUCCAUCACGUUCAAAAUCACCAUCACCCAGGAAAGUUCGACCUCCAUUCAGUGAGAGACCCAGACCUCCAAGACAGUAUCGAUCUCGCUCCAGAUCUUCAAGCCCUGGAGCACGUAACCGAAGUAGAUCAUCCUCUGAUUCUAGGUCAAGGUCAUUAUCACGAUCAAAGUCACCGCGAAAACGCCGUAGUCCCAGUCCUAAACCAAAGAAGUUGUGUGUGAACCGGCUAUCUCGUAAUGUCACUCGCGAUCAUAUCUUGGAAAUCUUUAGCGUAUACGGGAAAGUUGCCAGUGUCGAUGUUCCCACCAGUAGGAACUUUGUCCACCCUGGUUACGCAUAUGUUGAAUACGAAGAUCAUGCUGACUGUAAUAAGGCUAUGAAACAUAUGAAUGGUGGACAGAUAGAUGGUCAGGAAGUUCUUGCACAGUUUGUUUUGGAUCAACGUCCACCACCACGUCAACGUAAAUCCAGUCCACCACGACGACGACCAUCAUGGAGACGAUCACCACCUCGAAGAUCACCCGGACGACGUUCACCUCCACGUCGUUCACCACCCCGGAGAUCCCCUCCUAGAAGAUCCCCCAUUCGACGGUCUCCAGCUAGACGAUCACCUCCUGGUAGACGAUCACCGAUCAGGAGAAGAUCAUCGCCUGAUGGUCCCGGUAGAAGAUCUCCUCCUCGUUCAUAUAGACCCCCAGGUAACCGUAGGAAGUCACCAUCUCGUUCACGCUCCCCCCGGCGUAGAGGAAGGUCAUCGUCUUCACGUUCCCCCUCCCGGUCACCUCUCAAGGGACGCAACUUCAAACGACGUUCUUCCAGUUCAAGCUCGUCUGCGUAGGAGUUAAAGAUGAUUUCGUGAUUGAACUGUGGUCUUCUUCUUUUCUCCUGCAAGAAAUGAAGAAAUACAAAGCUAAGUGUCUUUGGUACAAACAAUGAAAGUUAUGUCUUUGUAUUUCCAUAUGUGUUUUGUCUUUAUUUUUAUGAUUAUUAAUAAAUUUAUGUCAGUCUA